AUAUAUGUAUGUGCUAUCUGUUAGAUAGUAAUGGCAUUGUCGUCAGCCACCUCGUUGUAUCAAGAUAGAGGAUUGAGGGGUAUUGUUUCUGCGUACUCGGGGAAGCCAGGUUAUAAUAAUGUCAAGACAGAAUUUUUUGGUUCUUUUCCUGCUGGUGUACUGCAAGUCAAGGUUGGUUUGGAUAAAUCUCUGCGGAGGAUUUCUUUAUGCCCUUGUAUAAAGUGUGAGAGGAAGGAUGAACCCUUUGAAUAUGUGUCUGUUGAGCGUCCUCCCUACUAUAGCUAUAUGGACUCAACAUCUGGGAAGCUUGAACCAGCCUCUGGUGCCCGUGCUAGCAUUCCUGGAGAGGAGUACUGGCCGGAAGGUACUGCUAGUCGUGUUAGGGCUGCCAGGGCCCCUGAACCAACUGGUAAGUCGUUGGGAUCCCCAUCUUAUGGCAAAAAUCCUGGGAGUAGGAGGAAGAAGCAUAGAACAAAAGUUGCUGCCCCUGAAUCUUCUCCAGUGACUGUAGAAUCAAGUGAUGAAGAGACUGUUGAACCAAGUGAUUUAGUUACUUCUGAUGUUGUCGAGGACACAAUUGAGGAGCCAAAAGAUUCAUCAUCUGAAUACGUUGUAUAUCAGAUGGAACCUGAAGCAGAAGAAGAAAGUGGAUAUCAAUUAGACAAGACAGUUGGACGGCCUCAUCCCUUCAUUGAUCCAGAGGUGAAGAAGCCGAUUGAGAAGCCCCUUACUAGUGAUGAAUUGUGGUGGAACUGGAGAAAGCCAGACAAGGAACAAUGGUCUAGAUGGCAAAGGAGGCGUCCUGAUGUUGAAACGGUUUUUCUCAAAGCAAUGGCCGAGACUGGACAAGUAAAGCUUUAUGGUGAACAUCCAACACUAACUGAGACUUCUUUGUACCGAGCUAUACGACACCUUUUCAAGGACGAAAGGCUUCGUGCUGAACAAGAGAGACUAGAAAGAGAUGGUCCAAUAGCAUAUUAUUCUGAAUGGGUAAAAGGGUGGAAGAAGGAUACUUCACGUGAAGCCAUUCAAAAACAUUUUGAAGAAACUGGUGAAGAUGAAAAUGCUCAAUUACUUGAGAUGUUUUGUCAUCAGACAGAUCGUGAGUACCGCAUAAUGAUGGGAACAGAUGUGCGUAUUCGUAGAGAUCCUUUAGCAAUGCGAAUGCGAGAGGAUCAAAUAAAACAAAUAUGGGGUGGGGAUCCAGUUUACCCAACUGUGAACUAUAUACAAGAUCCUAAUGAAAUAAUUGAUUAUAGAGGACCAGAUUUUCAUGAACCAACACCCAAUAUGCUGGCUUAUCUGAAGGAGCAUGGGAAGAUCAUCUCAAGGGAGGAGCUUGAGAAGAUCAUGGCAAAAGAGAAGACUGAACAACUUGAGAUGACAGACAUGGAUGAAGCAAUGGCACAAGCUGUUGACAUCGGCGAAAAUGAGGAUGAGGGAGACGAUAUUGAAGAAGAAGAAGAGGAAAAAAUUACUCGAAAUUGGAGUGUUCUAAAAAGUACUCCUGAGCUUCGAAAGUCCAAGCCUAAACCGAAGAAGAACGACCCAAUGUCUCUAGAGGAUGCUGUAAAGGAUUCAGAAAACUUAACUGAUUUUCUCAUGGAUUUUGAAGAAGACAAGUGAUGCUUCUUGUAUUUGUGCACGGGCGGAAGGAACUAGCGAGUACUGUCAGCAUCACUAUUACUAAUCUCGUGAGUGAAAAUGAACUUCAUCAAAAGGAACAUGUCGAAAAGAAAAAAAAAAUGGAAAUUUUGUGCUAGCUGAGAGAAUGAAUAAUUGUGCUACUGUCCAUUACAUGUUGCAUAAAACCCUCAAUCUCUUUAGUUAUGAUUGUACAACCUACUUCAGUUCAUUUCAUUCUCUCUAACUUCUUGCCAUAUAAUUCCGAGAUUUAUUUUCAUAACAGGAAACAUGUUUCUCUCUGCA